GCAUCAUAUAUCACAAAGAUGUUUUCCAGACCUCUAUCAUCGGCAUUCCGACAAGCAGCCCGACCAGCUCCAACACUCGCAUCCAAGUUCUCCUACCCACGAAUCACACCCAUAGCCGCGCGCUUCCUCUCCACAGAGACAAAAGCCGCGAUCGACAAAGCCGUUAGCUCCGCGCCCGUCGUGCUGUUCAUGAAAGGGACUCCGGAAACACCACAGUGCGGGUUCUCAAGGGCCAGCAUUCAGAUCUUGGGACUGCAGGGUGUUGAUCCGGCAAAGUUUACUGCGUUUAAUGUGUUGGAGGAUAAGGAUUUGAGAGCAGGCAUCAAGGAGUAUUCCGAGUGGCCAACGAUACCGCAACUCUACGUCGAGAAAGAGUUUGUGGGUGGAUGCGACAUCUUGGUGGCGAUGCACCAGAAUGGGGAGCUAGCUAAGAUGUUGGAGGAGAAGAAGGUUUUGAUCCCGGCUGAAAGCGAGGCUCCAGCAUCGUAG